UAGAAUGUUACUUGUUGUUUGGUUGUUAGAGCCGGCCUGUAGAUUUGCAGGUUUACGAUUACAAUAAUAAUUUUUUUAUGAAAGAACAUGAACAUAAAUAUAUGAUAUUUUAUUAUAUUAUAUUAUACUGAUACAUAAUCAUGUUUAAUCAAACUGAAGUAAAACAAGAAGUUAGUAAGACGACUUGCAAAGAAGAAAUAGAUAAGGAAGCAGAUGAAGUUCUAGAGGACACCUUUAAAAUUGAAAUUAAGGAGGAACCUAUCAGGGAAAGUUUAAACGAUACCUUCGAUUAUUUAGACGUUAAGAAGUGCCAUAUAAAAGCCAAAAUAGAACAAGAUGAUGGUGUCUCUGGUAGAGAUAUGAAAACUGAUGCCAGUAGCCUAUUAACAAAAAAUCAUGAUAGAAGUGACAUUAAUUUGAACCAAUAUAAUAGAGCUUCCACUACCAAUGUGAACACUGAUCGAGAACAUUUUAUAUGUAUCAUUUGCAAGAAAUCAUUAUCAAGCAAUCAUCAUUUAAAAGUACAUAUGACGAUGCAUACUGGGGAAAAACCUUUUGCAUGUGAAAUUUGCACCAAACCAUUUCCAACGAAAUUUCUUUUAAAAAGGCAUAUGAGUGUGCAUAGUGGUGAAAAACCAUUUAAAUGUGGCAUUUGCACCAAACAAUUUUCAGCAAAGCAUAUUUUAAAAUCGCAUAUGAAAUUGCAUACUGGUGAAAAACUAUUUGAAUGUGAAAUUUGUAACAAACAGUUAACAACCAAUACACUCUUAAAAGCACAUAUGAGAGUUCAUACUGGUGAAAGACCAUUUGAAUGUGAAAUUUGCAACAAACCGUUAUCAAAGAAAACACAUUUAGAAAGGCAUAUGCGAAUUCAUACUGGUGAAAAGCCAUUUGAAUGUGGAAUUUGUAAUAAAAAAUUUGCCGCAAAGGGUAAUUUAAAAGCACAUAUACUUGUGCAUAUUGGUGAAAAACCAUUUGAAUGUGCUAUUUGCAACAAAAAAUUUGCCCUAAAGGAUCAUUUGAAAUCACAUUUGACAAUGCAUACUGGUGAAAAACCAUUUGCAUGUGAAUUUUGUACCAAACAGUUUACAUCAAAACGUGGUUUAGAAUAUCAUAUGACAGUGCAUACUGGUAUAAAUCGAUUUGAAUGUGAAAUUUGUACGAAAGAGUUUACAUCUAAGCAAGGUUUAGAAUAUCAUAUGACAGCCCAUACUGGUAAAAAACGAUUUGGAUGUGAAAUUUGCACCAAACAGUAUUCAACGAAAAGAGAUUUAAAAUCUCAUAUCAGAGUACAUACUGGUGAAAAACCAUUUAAAUGUGGAAUUUGCUCCAAACGUUUUUUAACGAAACACAUUUUGAAAUCGCAUAUGAGUGUACAUAGUGGUGAAAAACCAUUUAAAUGUGACAUUUGCACCAAACAAUUUUUAACAAAGAGUUAUUCAAUAAAGCAUAUGAAAUUGCAUACCGAAUAAGAACAAUUUGAAUGUGUCAGACGUCAAAUAAACGUCAAACGCCGAUCUACACGAAACCAUAGAGUUAUAUAUUAGCAUAGAGAGAGUGUCAUUCAGAGAGAAGUGACGACACUAUCUUUUUUGUUUGGAUUAGUGCUGUUUCAUUCUCUCCCCUUCCGUACCUAUACUCACACUUACUGUCAUCUUAGUUUCUCGAUACAAUGUGUUAGCAAGAGAUGCUGCAAACCAGUCCAUGAGAUCUUGUCGUCAGGUACUAGAUACUAAUUGUAAAAAUUAUAAUCGGGUGACGAAAUGCAAAUGUUUAUUCUU